UGCACUCCCUCUGGUCCAGGGGAAACAACCAUUGUAGACUUCAUCAUCAUAAUUACCUCCCUUGUACAACUGAGUGACACCACCCCUGCUGGCUCUUCUUUUCCCCCACCCAUAUCGGCCUACACUUCCAUAAAAUCUCUCCUUCUUUCAACCCUCCAGGGUGGCAACAUGUAUUUUAAAUAUAUAAAUGCAUAUAGUCCUGUACAUAUUGUAAAUAAUGUACAUCUUGUACAAAUUUAGCUGUCUGUCUUAUUUUUAACUGUAAAGUACAUUGUCUUACCCUUAAUUUUUAUGUGGCCCUAUGAAGGUGACCGUUUGGAGACACGUAAGUUAUUGCCCUUAACAUAAGGGUUUAUUACUAAACCCACUUUUAAAAUAUUGUUUUAUUGCCACUCUGGGGGGAUCUCUCUUUCCUAUAGCCCAAUCCUCCUUAAGUUCCAUACAGACAGGGUCUUAUGUUGGAGCAUUACGGCUAUAUUCCCUGUCUGCAAGUGUUCAACAUUCAGCCACAUACAUAAACUUGUACUCAUUAUUUUUUUUUAAUAACUCAAUACUUAAUUGCAAUAUUAAUAUAUAAUUGAGAGUUACACGCUCUAUGUGACAUCAUAUAUUGUCUUUUUUUUUCCUUUCCUUCUCAUAUAAUUGCAUUUUCACAUGCAACUUCACUCUACAUUUGAGAGCUGUUAAAUCAGGCUCUGGCAUCCCUAUUAAUAAAUGUUCUUAGAUAUAAACAUAUCUCUCUUAUGAUUAGAUCUUGUUGUUUGGCAUUUAGUUUAAACUUUAAACAUACACAUAAAAAUGGUACUUGACUAUGCAUGUAAACAUAUUGUGGCAAUGUUCAACCACUUUGUGAUCUGGAAAACCCUCAAAUAUUAUUAUAUUGUUACACAAACAUAUUACACAUCUGUGUAUUUCUUUUUCUAUAAUUAAUAUAUUAAAUAGUCCUAUUUGGAUUCAAAUUUUUAAACUACAGAUCACAAAGUCUAAAGACUCCAACAAACCCAUUGCAGUAUAUACUGAACAAUGGGUCUGGUAAUGAUGCUGCCACAUACAACAGUAUGUGUGUUUUCACCAUCUUUACUUAUAAAAAUUGGGCUAUUCUUUCUCUCUCUCCUCCUUAAAAAACAAUACAAAGAAUAACAUACAAUAACAACAUCAUAUGAAUGAUAUAAAUUAAUAAUAAGCACAGUAAUGUAACAAAAAACAUAGUAAUCUAAUACUAUAAAACAAAUCCAAGUUCUUUUGGAUUAACUCAUUCUUGUUCUUUCAUUUAUAUUUUUGCAUAUCAACCAUCAUUGUUUACUUUUUCUUAAAAGUACAAAGUCAGCCGUGGGAAAAUCUAUUUUAAAACGGAUUGACCUACUGGCAAUCCUUAAUAAGAAAUUUCGGCCAAUCAGCGCCAUCGUUAUAUAAGCGCAUCAACCAAUUAAAACGCCGCUUUUUAACCGCGUUAGGCCUAUUCACUGUAUAGCACUGCGUCUUUUUAACGCUUCAUAUAAAGGUUAUAUAUUUUUAAACCAAUAGAUUUUUAUUAAGGCACCGCACCAACACUGCAAAGUUUUAUAUUUAUACCAAUGGUACAGCCCAGUAAAAUCGGGCUGUCCAUUUUAUGGCCGUUUUCGGCUUUUUAUGCAGAGUUCUAUGUUAAGCAGUGUGCUCGGGCAAUGGUUUUUAACCGAAGUCCCGAGGGUAAAUAACCCCAAUAGUCAGUCGGUUUUAGCAUUCUACAGCUACUACCUGAUAAAUACAAUAUGUCUGGACGUGGUAAGGGAGGAAAAGGACUCGGAAAGGGAGGCGCCAAGCGUCACCGAAAGGUUCUGCGUGAUAACAUCCAGGGUAUCACGAAGCCCGCAAUCCGCCGUCUCGCUCGUCGUGGUGGUGUGAAACGCAUCUCUGGCCUCAUCUACGAGGAGACCCGAGGUGUCCUCAAGGUGUUCCUUGAGAACGUCAUCCGCGAUGCCGUGACAUACACUGAGCACUCCAAGAGGAAGACCGUCACUGCCAUGGACGUCGUCUAUGCCCUCAAGAGACAAGGCAGGACUCUGUACGGAUUCGGCGGUUAA